AUGCUCUGCCGGAAGCACGUGAGCAUUUGGGCGCCUGACCAGCUGGUCAAGGGGCUCAUGGGAGUGACUGCGCUCAAGGUGAGCCUGGGUCACUACGCCAACCGCGGGUUUGCGGACGCUCGAGGCAGCGGCAGCGGCGCCGGCCGCCGCUUGAUCCUGCAGGUGAGGGACCGCCGGGCCUUUCUGAACUCAUCCGACGAGUACUUGAGAGCUGUGGCGGACCACUACUGCCCAUGCCCUGUCAAAUAUCGACAGGUCUGGAGCCAGCUCCGCGGCAGGCCGCUGUACCUCUGGCGCCCGGUGCCCCCCAACGAGGCCUUCGUCUGCCUGGGCAUGGUGGCGACCACGAGCCCGGAAACUCCGCCGCUGGACGCGCUGCGCUGCGUUCCCAAGAGCUUCUGCCGGCCCUGCACGCAGGCGCCGGUGCAGCUCUGGGACGACAGCGGCAGCGGCGGCAAGCCGGCGUCCAUUUGGCUGGUCAACGCACCGCAGGUUCUUUGGGCGUCGGUGGGCCACAACCCCCCCAGCGAGAUCUUCUGGGAACUGGCGGCGGAGUCCAUUAGCUUCGACUACACGGGCCGGCCCUCGUUGCACGUGGUGCACGAGACAGGUGAAGCACAAGCAGCGGCGCCAAAUGAGGAGGUGGAUUCCAGCUGGUCCAUCGCCAGCUUCUUCUCCAGCAGACGUCGGUCCAUGUGA